GCGCUGCGAGCAUCCUCUGGCCGGGGGUCCGGUGCUGCCCCGGGAUCCGUUAGUGCGAUGCUGGCCCGGCCCGGUGUCACAUAGACGUUCUGGAGGAUGAGGAUGUUCUUUGACACAUGGGUCCACUGAAAUGGUUGGAGGGGGGACAUGUCCCCAAAAAGAGUCACCCCAAAUCCUCUGUCAUCCUGCUCUCUUGUCACCAUCUCGUUACCGACAUUUCCAUGACAGUGAGCGGCAACUUGUGGAGCGCUCCAUACUCACCUUACAAGCCAGUGGCUUCUACUGGGGACCAUUGCCCACAGCUGAGGCUCAUGCCAUGCUAGAGAGGGAGCCAGCUGGUACCUUUCUUGUGAGAGACAGUUCCCAGGGCGAUCACCUAUUCAGCAUUAGUAUCAAGAUGGAGUCUGGGCCUGUUAGUGUGCGGAUCCUGUUUCUGAAGGGUCGCUUCUGGUUGCGGGAACUCUUCUCAGAAUGUCCUGUGAAGCUUCUGGAGCUUGCCGUGGAUAGGUGCCGGCACACCCCUCUACGCUGCCAUAAUGGCGUUCCACUAUUACUUACGAAGCCCCUUCGCAGGACACGGGUCCUCACCUUAAAGCAGAUUUGCCGCAAAUGCUUAGUGACUCACCAUGGAACGGAGGGACUAGCCAGGCUUCCCAUACAGCCGGCACUGCAGAAAUACAUAGAUGAUUUCCCAUUUAAGAUAUGAAAUUUCCUCUUCAGUGAGAUGUUACCGAGGUUUACACCAGAUGUUAUCUUCUUGCUUAUUUUGUAACUUAAACAGUGAUGUCAUGGAACAUGCAGAUACUAUUGUACUUACAGUUGACUGUAAAGCACAUACGGAGGGUGAUCUCCUCUGUAUCCAUUCAUAUAACUAGUUUCAGCUUGUGCCACCUCCCAGUGACUCAUCAAGCACCUUAAGUAGCUACUAGAGAUUGUACGGCUAAACACAUUCAUUACAGUGAGAAGAAUCCAGCUGUGUUUGUAUCAUAUAUGGUGCUCUAUUCUUACCUGAAUCAAUAUGAACUGCUUGUGUGUAUAUAUAUAUAUUUAUAUAUAUUUGUGUUAGACAAUUAGGAUUGAAAAGGAGCCAAAAUGGCUGUUUUCUUAACUAAAUAUAUAUUUUUAUAUUGGAUCUAAUUUUUAUAGUGGAUGUUUCUUCUGUGGUCAUAAACCGCUUAUUCUUCAAA